AUGUCUCGUGAUGCUAUGAAGAAGGUUAGAGUAAAAUUGAAUACUGUGGAUGAUACAGCCGAGAUUUUUGACAAAAUCGUUUCAUUAAACAUAACCACUUCUGGUCACUACUGUAUACCAAUUUGUCCUGUUGCAGAUGAAAUUCCAGUAGAAAAUGUAUGUGUAACACGUCUAAGCUUCGAAAACCCAGAAGAUCAACAUAAAAUCCUGCUUAGGUUACAUCGUCAGUUUGCUCAUCCUCUCGAAAAGAAAUUUAUUGACCUAUUAAAAGACGCGGGAUCAUGGCAUGAGGAGUACAAAGAAAGUGUGAUGCAAAUUUAUGAGAGGUGUGAUAUCUGCAAACAAUUUGCUACUACCCCUGCCCGACCUGUAGUAGCACUCCCUAUGGACAAGGAAUUUAAUGAGAUGGUAGCUAUUGACUUGAAGAGUUGGAGGGAUGAAGUUUUAAUUAAACCUAAUGAAGUAUCAACUGAACCAGUAAUUAAAAAUCAAAAACUAAAAGCAGGUAACAGAAUUAGAUAUGGAAUAGGAGAAAGUGACACAUGGAAAGAUGCUGAAGUAUUGGUAAAGCUACUGGAAGUCAUAAAUAUUGGUACAAUGUUAAAGAUAAAGAAAGAUGGAGACGGUGGAGUAAUGAGUAUUGAUUUAGAACAAACUGAAAGGCAACAUGAUGAAGAAGAGAACGAGGAAGAUAAAACUACUACUGGCGCAACACAGGAUAGAACUACUGGUACAACACAGGAUGAAACUGAUACACCAAAUCAUGCUGUUCAAGAAACUAUGAAGAAUCUUUUAUGUGCAGUGACUCAAACUAAAAUUAUUCUUAAUGACUUUAGUUCUAAUAUAAGAAGAGAUAUCGAAAUUCCAACUUUAUUUUCAAGUUCUAGCAGGAAAACCUAUCGGCCCACAAAUAAUGAAAUAAAUGAUGAAUUUGCCCGGGAAUGUUUUGAACACAUUAAUGAUGUCCUUGAAUGUUCUGAAGAAUUUGAUGAUUAA